AACAUAAAUUGCUUACUUGGAAAUGUUAAUUAAGAUACGUCACAUUAUGAUAAUCGACGACAGAUGCUCCACAGCUUCUAAUUAAAGUAACCCAUUGUUAGUCGUAUCUGUGCUACUGGACAGAUAAUUCUUCUUCAGACAUAGUAUCAGAGUAGAAACAAAUCUUAAGUUCUCGAUUGUUACGAGUGUAAAAUGAUUUUGCUACAUAAUAAAAAUAUCCGAGUAUUGAUAUUUGUCGCGAAUAUCGUCUCGGUGGAUUCUAACGAGCUUUUCUUAUCGUAUAACGCUUCCCCCAGAACCGUUUCGAAGUGUCCCUUACCCGUAACGGUCUUGGAUUUCAUUCGCAAUUCCAGUCAGCCCGAUUUAGAGAUUAAAUGGCCCUGCGAGGUGCGCUCGUACUGGCUGUCGUUGCAGCCGUUUGUCAGAUCCGUCCGCUUCUUGCUCCGCUACGUAACACCAUUCGUUAUAAUAAUCGGUGUAUUGCUAAAUACUGUAUCUUUUAGUAUGUUGAGCGCACCUGUGCUAUGUGACUCGAAUUUGUCACUUUAUCUAAGCGCGCUCGCUAUAUCGGACAAUGGAGCGUUAAUAUUCAAUUACGCCGUCAGCGUCGCCAAAUCGCACUCCACAUCCGUUAACGAUCUUUUCAUGAACAGCAGAUUCUUAUGCGGCGCGAAUUCUGUCAGCAUGGAACUUUUCCAGUUCACGUCGACCUGGCUGGUUGUCGCUCUCACCUGGACGCGCGUCAUCGCCGUGGUGUUCCCAUUCGGAGCUCGCGGUUGCCAGAAUUGUUCCGCGGUUACAACCAUCACCAGCCUGGUCUGCAUAAGCUUCGUGAUAUCCUUGACAAAGCUGUACUCCGGUGGAUAUGAGACUGAUAGUGUGUUUGAGUUUGUACCAUGCCAGAAGAUAAAACCAUGGGGUAGCGCCAUGUAUCUUUAUAUCGCCUUGUCCACGUGGCUGCCUUUGCUCUUUAUAUCAAUUGGCAACCUGCUGCUGAUUAUUCGCAUGAGAAAGUCUUACAAGAUUCACAAUGAGCUAACUCACAAUUUUAGAUACAGAAGCAGCAGAACGCACAAUUCGAGCAGAACGUUGCUCGCGGUAGCGAUAGUUCACUUAAUCUUGCUACUGCCACUGGGAAUUGUCGAAACGUUGGAACUUUAUUGGGAUGUGAUUUUAAUUAAAUAUCCUGCCAAAAAUGCGGGAGAAAACGAGCGAUAUAUACACUGGUUGCAAGAGAAGAUGUUACUCAAGUGGUGCCGUGGCUUGUUCUUUCACAUAUACCACUGGAAUUUUGCAAUAAAUUUCUUUCUGUAUUACCUUACAGGAAAGAAAUUCAGAAGUGUCGUAACGCAAACGCUGAAAAGCUAUACGGACACGUACUUGCCCUGUCACAAAAAUGUUUUGAGAUGCAAUACGUGGAGUAACUGUCACAAACAUUUACGAUCGUCCAGCGUAUUGCUGAUGAGGGCUGUUAUGCGAAGCAAACAAUUCAAUGACAUGGCAAGAGGUAGCGCCAGCGAAAGAAGCAGUAACGUUACCUAAUUAACGAUAAAGCGAAAUGAAUUAGAAAGGAAACUCUCUUUGAUGAGGAGCGUUGCGUUACAGCUCGUAUAAUAAAAUAUAAAACGCGUACUCAUCGUUUUAUGGCAGAAAAGAUAUACUCAAAAUGAUAAAUAGUGAUCAUUUUUCGAAUUAUUUUAUAUACAUCGUACAUCCCUCUUUACUCGCUUCCGGGAGCUUUCACAAGAGGAGAAAUUACACAUAAAGAGAAAUAUUAUUUGUUCUCUUCUAGUUUAUUUUGUAUACACAUGAAAUGUUUACAUGUUUAAACAUUGCAAAAUAUCACAUUGCGUAUUAGGCGUCUCCUGCACAACAGCGUAGUUCUUAAAUAGCGAUUUAAUUAUAUGUAAAGACAAUUCGUUACUACAUUUUGAAUCUUUCAAUUUCUUGCCGCAUUAUUCGCCUAUCAUUUCUAAUCUCUUAUGAACUAACAUUCUGGUCCCGAUCGAGACCUUCCAUGCGAACUGAAUGUUAAUACUGUACUAACGAGAAUUUCAAGCACAAUCUGAGACACACAAUUGGACCUUGUAUCUUUUUUUGAAAUUGAUAUGAAAUAAUUUAGAACGACAUACAAAGUUCAUCGUUGAUUUUCAUUUUCCUAAGAUUUAGCUAGUGACUCAUUAAAUAUCACGAAAUAUUCGAAUAUAAUUCAAUUCGCAAUUCGCGCAAGCUAAAUUAAAAUCUUGUCAAACAUAAUUACAUAACGUAUAUCAAUAUAAUUAAGUAUACACAUAUACAUACAUAAUUGUUCAUUAAUGAUAGCUCAAAUGAACAGUUUAUAUAAACUAUACGCUUAACACUCCCCCCCCUCCCAUCCCUACCUCCUCCAAUUAUGCAUUCACAUAAUACACAUUUACAAUUGUACCACACUGGUAACUUUUACUGAAAUAAAUUCUAAAUUAGACGAAAAAUACGCGUAUAUAUAAUACAGAGACACAGACAUCCAACAUAUUUAUUUAUAUGCUGAGCUAUCCAUCUUUAAAUUAAUUUAUUCUAAAAGGAAAUCAAUUUAUACAUAUAGAGGACAUAAAUAGGGCUAUAUCGCAUAAUUUUCUAGCUGUGUAAUAUAAUGUGCUUUUCUCUCAAACACAAUAUAUACAACGAAAAAAAUUAUAACUCUACAUUUUCACGCUAGAUCUGGUUAAAAAAUUCCGAGAAAAUAAUAUCUAAAGCAAUGAAAUUAUCUAAC